AGGGGCGGGCACAAGGCUGUGGAGCGGUGGGGAGGGGCGUCCGCCGAAAGUGGCGGUUUACUUGAGGUGGUUUCCUUAGUGUCCAGUAUAGUUUGACUCUCCGGCCGAGCUCAGGACUCGUACUGCACCAGUGCUAUCUGGGCUGGAGUGGGCUCCCGCGUCCUCUGAAGCAGGCUUUUAUCUGUCCCAGAACUUGCGGGUUCAGCGUUUCUCUCCAUAUCCGGAUACCGAUUACGGUAUUUGGACUCCGCCUCAGACCCAGAAGUCACAGAUGCAAGGACGUAUGGCUCCCCUCAAGAAAUCUCAAAAUUCCACAAAGUUACCCCUGGCUUUAAACCCCACGAAGAGCAAGGACGUGUUAGCAGUGCUGGCUGAGAGGAAUCAAGCUGUAAUCCCAGUUGGGGUAUGGGUGGAACCUGCCUCCCCAAAUAGUUUGGAAAUCCCAGCAUCUACUUCAGCACAUAUGAUUGAAGAAGAACUAAAGGAACAACUACGAAAAAAACAAGAAGCUUUGAGACAUUUUCAGAGACAAGUCAAACACCGAGUCAAUCAACAAAUUAGACUGAAAAAACAGCAACAGCUUCAGAAGUCUUUUGAAGCAGCAGAAAAAGAAGGUUCUAUAGCCAUGCAAUCUUCAGAUCCAGCACACUUCACUCCUAAAGGGACAAGUAUUUUUCCAAGCAAUUUGAAUUCUGCAAUUGGAAGUUCUGGGUUACCUGCUUCCCAGAUGUUUGGGAGUGCAAUAAAAGAUGGAGAGAAUCAGAAUGAAUUAUUCCAACAACAAGCCCAAGCUCUUAGUCAAACCAUGAAACAAGUACGUCACCGGCUGGCAUCCCAUAAAACUGUGAGUAAAAAAAAGUCAUCAGUGUUUCCAGAUGGUAUGAGGAAAAGCUUUUCUAUCCAACAGGAAUCUGACAGUGAGGAAGUAUUAUCUAUUAUAACAAAUGAGAAAGGGAGAGACGAUUUAUUUUGGGGAGACAAGCAGAGUCUCUUUUCUGAAGACAAUGAUAAGCCUUUUAGCAGAGUUCAGAAAGUAAAAUUCAAAAAUCCAUUAUUUGUUGUCAUAGAAGAGAAAGAACAAAAGCAGUCACAUUUUCAGGGUCUUGAAGCCCAGGAUUAUCCUCUGGAAACCAAAGGUGAUUUGAUAGAAGUUCAGAGUAUUGAGCCUGAAAAGAGUAUUGAGCCAGAUGUCCAGGCUGUUGAUCUGGAAGUUCAAGCUAUUGAGCCAGAAUGCCAAGCCAUUGAAUCAGAAGUCCAGGCUUUUAAGACAGAAACUUGGAGUAUUAUGAUAAAAGCCAGUAGCACUGAGAUAGAAAAUAGGAAUAUUGAGUUAAAAGCACAGGAUUUUCUACCCAAAAACCAGGCCUUUCUGCCCAAAUGUGAGGACCAAGAUUCUCUACCCCAAAACCCCUAUGUUCUCCCUAAAGACCAGAAUAUUCUACCCAAAUAUCAGGACCAGAAUUUUCUGCAUAAAAACCAGGAUUUUCUACCCAGAGACCAGGAUAUUCUACCCAAAUGUCAGGACCAAGACUUUCUACCUGAUAAAGACCAGGAUUUUCUAUCUAGAAACCAGCAUGUGUUCCCUGAAGACCAGAAUAUUCUACACAAAUAUCAGGACCAAGAUUUUCUACAUGAUGACCAGGAUUUUCUAUGUAGAGACCAGUGUGUUCUUCCCAAAGACCAGAAUAUUCUUCUCAAAUGCCAGGACCAGGAUUUUCUCCCUAAAGAUCAGUACAUUCUCCUCUCAGAUGAGAAUCUUCUAUACAAAUGUCAGAAGCAGGAUAUUCCACUCAAAGAUCAGGAAAAAUAUAUCUGGCAGCCAUCAUUGGCUUUGACAGUUGAAAGAUGGAAAAAGGAGUGGCCUACAAGAACAGAAACAUAUCUUUCACAUAGGUUCCAAGGCCAGCCCUCUACUGGGGAUCAGUCAGAGAAAAAGGAGGAAGAGGAUCAACAGGAAAAAGUUCAUUUUCUGGAGCCAUUUUCUGAUGAGGAAGGGAGAGAAGACUUUUCUCUGGUGGGUUAUCAGUGUCUGCCUCCCCAAACCCAAUUCCAGGGCUUCAUCAGAGAGCAGCACAGUAACUAUGGGCAAGCAUCACAUGAUAUGACAGAUGAGAAAUGGAGAAGAGAGUUGCUUCCAGAGUACCACAGAUAUGGUUUACAUAAAAUCCAGGAUCCUGGCUCUGCCAGAGAUCAGAGCUUAAACUUUAGGCAGCAGCCAUCUGUUGGAACAGCUGAAAGAUGCCAAGAAGACUUGCUUCUGAAUCACCAUCAGCAUCUUGCACCCAAGCAUCAGAGAGACACUUGCAGGAGACGACAGGUUUAUAAUGAUUAUCAGUCAGGACUAAGCAAUGAAUUCCAAACUCCAUUGGCAUUUCAGUCUGGAGUAGAUAAAGAGGAAGACAAGAAAGAGCGUCAAAAGCAGUACCUGAGACACAGAAGACUUUUCAUGGAUAUUGAAAGAGAACAAGUAAAAGAACAAAAAAGACAAAAGGAACAAAAGAAGAAAAUUGAAAAAAUUAAGAAAAAGAAAGAGCAACAACGUUAUGCUGAAGAGCAGAAGAUCGAAAGAAUGAACUUUAAGGAAGAACCAUGUUCAGGGGAAAAAAUGAGUGGUAUGUUAGCCCAGUUACAACUUGAAGAACUGAAAGAAACUAGAGAAAAACAACAACAGAGAGAAAAAGAACACAUAAGAUAUGUGGAAGCAUUACGUGCCCAAGUCCAGGAGAAAAUGCAGCUGUAUAAUAUUACUUUACCUCCUUUGUGCUGUUGUGGUCCUAAUUUUUGGGAUGCUCAUCCUGAUACCUGUGCCAACAAUUGUAUUUUCUAUAAAAAUCACAGAGCAUAUCAUCGGGCACUGCAUUCAGUCAUCAGUUCCUCUGAUAUCUCCGAGGGAAAUUCAACUCUUCGAAGUGCCAUUCAUAAUUUUGCUUCUGCACACAGACGGGCUUUGAAAAAUCUGUAAUAUGAAUUUGAAAUCAGCUGAAUCAACUGGUAGUAUUUGAAUCUUCAUUUAAAAUCAACUUUGAGAAAUUGUUUAGGAAAAACCAUUAAAUUGUAUCAGCUGUAUUGUCUGGAAAGAAAUAAUAUUCUACAUAAUAACCGUCUCUAUAAUUAGAUAUGUGCCUUGGGACCAAGGUUUAAAGUUGACUUCUAAACUUGUUUCUUCUUUGGUGUGAGCCAGAGAAACUAUUAUUUUAAAAAAUGAUCAGACAAGGAAGGUCUCUUUGUUUACUCUGCUCUGAUCAGAGCAGAGUCUUCGAGACUGUGAGAAAUCUUCGAGAUUAUCUUAUUUAUGAUCUUUCAAAAAAUGUAUCUUUGAGUUUUGACAAUAUUGCAAAUAUCUGAAUGAGGCAGAAAAGAAUGAAAUAAGCAUCUGAGCACCAGUGGCCAUCUAUACAGCCUUUGGCUUUUCUAGUUGUGUAUAGCAAGUAGAUAUGAGAAUAGUCUGAAUUUUAUGCACAUUUUCUUCUUAGAAUUUUCUCUCUCCUAGUUUUUUGUUUUAAAUUAUUACCUCUUUCCCCAUUCAGUGACAAUGGACAUGGGUGUUUUUUUAGUUAUAUUUUGUAUUGCAAAAGAAGUCAAAUAAACUAUCUUUUAAAUAUCUUUCAUAUGAAAUAAUUAUGAGUGACACUUCAAAAUGUGAAUCUGAAGGCAAAGUAACUUCAAUCCUGCCUUAUUUUCCUAUGUUUAGAUAACUGGUAAAUGAUAUGCCUAGGCAAACAAAGUAAAAAUUGCCAUAGUUGUUA